UUCUACUAUACGAUUUGCACAACGGUCUAACAUCAAAGAUGGCGGGAGCCUCCGACCCACUGGAGGACAUGCUCUUCAAUGAGGUAGAUGAGAAAGCAGUUAGCGACUUAGUUGGCUCUUUGGAAUCACAACUUGGUAAUCAAAAGACUUCUACUGCUUCGUAUUCCGAGAAUAAAGGAGAGGGACCUUCGGGCGCUGUCAAACAGUUCUCAGGGAAAGUGCGUGAUCAAGUGGGGUCUCUGGAGCAGCCACAACAAGGGCAUCCAAAAGCGGGGUUAAAUCAGGAACCUAGCGCCAAUGAGGCUCUCCCGAACAAAAUACUCGCAUCUACUACCUCUUCCGUUACCACCGGGAGCGUUAUAAACGCUGGAUCUAAUUUACAAACACUUGGGGCAUCUCCUACUAUUUCUCAUGUACCGGGAUCCGUAACUUUGGCGACUCCGUCUGCAGCUGCUAGCUUCAACAGGGCUACUGCUCUGGGUUCGGCGGGCACAUCGGUAGUGACCGCUCCUAACCCAAACAUCAUCACAACGACGGGUCUAAGGGCUGCUUCCCCUGGAUUACAAAGUUUAAACGGCAACACCGGAGGUGUGAAGUUGGUGAACGCACCCGCCAUCGCUCCACAAGCCGGAGCCAACAGUGUCAUAAGUACUGUUAGUGCUGGUAGCUCCAAUAUUAUCGUGUCCAUGUCCUCCCAGCCUAACUUUACUGUACCACAGUCGUCGGUGGCUUCUACAAUCACAUUACCGAGACACCCUAGCCCAUUGUCGAGUUUGUCCCAGAAUGGUGUAGACCCUAAGGGUUCCCCUCUCAUUACCCAAGGUGUAGCUUCCUCUACGGUCACUACAUCUCAGGUCAUGAAUCACAACAACCCUCUCAUGCAUACGAAGAUGUUGGUGCCCAAUCAACCUGUUUCUGGAAACUCUGUAAUUCUCGGCAGUACUCCGCCACCUGCAGCUAACUCACCCAUCAGCCAGACCGUGACAAGUACCACUGUCACACUUGCGGCUGGUAUGAAACCAGCCGUCAACGGAGUUGGUCAGCCGGCGGUGACCAUAGUGAGGCACCCCACAACGCCUGUAAUGGCAACGUCAAUCCAGCAGCAGAGACCAGGGCUGGUUGCAAACACCACAAGGACUGCUGCGCCUCAGAUAGCAGUCAGACCUCAACAGCAGACUACCAUUCAACUUCCUCCGGGAUUUACCAUACCUCCAGGCAUGGUUCUGGUGCGUACUGAGACGGGCCAGUUGGUGAUGGUCCCCCAGCAGGUUCUGGCCCAGGCACAGGCAAAGAGCCAACAGGGCCAGGCGGUGUCCAACAUCUCCCCCAGGCCUGCCACCCCAACAGCCGGCGCCACCAUCCGAGUCAGCGCCCCCAGUCCGCUUCCCGGUACAACCCAGACUGUCCGCCUGGCCUCCCCAAAUCAGCCCAGAAUGGUUCAGGCCGGUUCCCCCUCUCCCUCCGUUGUACAGGCCAUCACAGUGGCGCCCGCUGGAGCCGGCGUCUCGGGGAAGAUGAGCAACCCUCCCCCCAAGCCCGGGACGGUGAUCACCACGGGGGGGCAUGCGCUGGCCAAGCCUGUGGGGGUCCAGCCCGGCCUCGCCAUGGCCGGUGGGACGCCAGGGACGGGCGUCUCCCCCGCCGCGCCCCGCACAGCCAUAGUGUCACAAGAGAUGCAGGAAAACGUGAAGAAAUGUAAAAACUUCCUGGCGACACUGAUCAAGCUGGCAUCCCAUAAUUCCCCCUCCCCGGAUACCUCCAAGAAUGUGAAGACCCUGGUGCAGGAUCUACUCGAUGCGAAGAUUGAGCCUGAGGAGUUCACCAGCCGCCUGCAGGCUGAACUCAAGUCCUCACCUCAACCCUACCUCAUCCCCUUCCUCAAGAAAAGCCUUCCCGCGCUGCGCCAGUCUCUGCUCAACAACCAACAGUCUCUAAUGGCCUCCGGCAACGCCCCCACCCAAGUGUCCCCGGCCGCCACCUCCACCAUCAGAGCCCGGCUCCCCAACAGCCCCGUCAUGACCCCCGUCAGGACGCCCACGCCGCUCGUAAACAACACCGCCAUGGGUGUCAGGAGACAAGCGCUCCCGGCAGUCCAGACCCGCAUGCCCAUGGUCAUCACCCAGACCCUCAGAACCCCAGGUCCAGUUGUGAGGGGACCUUCUAUCAUAGCAGGUAAAAGUCCUGCUAACUUGGCAGUGCAAGCCAAUCAGAAGAAGCUGAGUGACCCAGGGGGCGGUUUCAGAGACGACGACGACAUCAACGACGUGGCCUCCAUGGCCGGGGUCAACCUCAACGAGGAGAACGCCCGUAUCCUAGCAACCAGCUCCGAGCUGGUGGGCACCAAGAUCCGCUCCUGCAAGGACGAGGCCUUCCUGCCCACCGGCCUGCUGCACCGUCGCAUCCUCGACACAGCCAAGAAGUUGGGUGUGACCGAGGUGCCGGCCGAGGUGGUGAACUACAUUUCCCAUGCCACCCAGUCGCGAUUGCGCUCCUUGCUGGAGAAGGUGUCGGCGGUGGCUCAGCACCGCGGGGAAGGCGGGAAGGACGAGGAGUGGGCGGAGCAGUCCUCAGACGUCCGCGCUCAGCUGCGCUUCUUCGAGCAGCUGGAGCGCAUGGAGAAGCAGAGGAAGGACGACCAGGAGAGGGAGAUUCUACUCAAAGCAGCCAAGAGUCGUGCCCGCCAGGAAGAUCCUGAACAGGCCCGACUCAAGGCUAAGGCUAAAGAGAUGCAGCAGCAGGAGCAGGCUCAGAUCCGCCAGCGAGACGCCAACCUCACCGCCCUGGCCGCCAUCGGGCCCCGAAAGAGACGCAAGAUGGACUCACCAGGGUCCUCCAACGCCGGGGCGGAGGUGGCCUCGAGCUCCGGCUCCGGUAACUCUCCGGGGGGGAGCUCCUCGCGCCAGCAGCUCCGUACGCGGAUCACAAGAGUCAACCUCAGGGACUUCAUCUUCUGUCUGGAGCAGGAGCGCACCACGUCCAGGUCCCUGCUGCUCUACAAGGCCCUGCUGAAGUGAGGCACCCCAGCCCCCCCACGCCCCGAGGAGGUGGACCCCCUCCUCCCCAAUCAUCCGCAGAAAACUAAAACAAGGGGAACCACCCGCCCACCCCGUCAAAACACAGAUGCAGUUUUUAAGAUAUUUUUUUAGAGAUACAUUGAUUACGUUGGCCUGUGUCCUGGAGCUAUGUGUGCACCCCCUUCGCCCCCCACCUUUACUUCGACGCCCUCGGUUUGCAAUACAACCCCCCCCAUCCCCCCUGUAUCCUGGGAUUGCUUUCAAUCGCCCUGUUUUCGGCGCAGCAUCAACGCGAGCGGACGCCUGACUGCCCGCCUGCGUCGCAUGGGCUGCAGGUCGGGAUGUGGAACGUCUUAUUUAAAAGAGUAGCCCCAGUGUGUGUGUGCGGGGGGGGGGGGGGCGGGGGGGGGCGGUGAGAGGACGGAGCCCGGCCUGGUCACACCGCUGCUGGUGGUGGUUGGGUGUUGGGGUCGACGUGAGGCCCCCCCCCCCCGCCCCCCCUGCCCUUUACCUCCAGAGCUGCCUUCGGUCUAUGAACUCUCCACCCGGCAAACCUGAUCAUGUUUAGCUGGGGGAUCCUUCUGUCGGGGGUGCUGUUCUAACCCCCACCACCCACUGGCGGAUAUUCCUCCACCCUCUCCCCCCCUCACACCUACCCACCCUCAGGAGGCUAUUUUUCUUUUGAAGAUUAUCAUUUUGUUCGCCCGCCCUGGUCAGCUACUUGGUGUGGUCUCCAUUUUACGUUUUUCGUUUCUUUUCUUUUCAUGUUAAGUUACUCGGUUUGACUCCUUUUAAGUUGUCUACAGGGUGAACAGAGUGCUGUGAUGUGAACGUCGUUUAAAGUGCUGCCAUGUUGUGAGUGUCAGAUCUGGAUGGCAGUUUCCCCGGCAAAGUACAUCCACACAGUAUUUCGCAUUAACAAAAAUACACAUGAUUUUAACUGCUUGGCAAUUCGUCUCUAGAUGCAUGUAAGUAUUUUUAUGUGUGCGUGCGAGCGUUUGUGUGUGUGUGUGUGUGCGCGUGUGCGUCUUUAUGUACUACACAAAUUCAUCCAAUCGUUUUCCAGAAAACAGUUCCACAUCCCUGACUUUAAAGAUGGACACAAACUCACACACACAGGUAACCCUUUGUUGCAACGAUUCAUGUGGCAGUACACCGGGAGCUGGCUCUCUCACGGACAGUGAACUCACUCAGGCUAGUAAACGAUGAAAGACUAACAAAACAAUAACACAGCUACGGUCCGAAAGAAGUAAAGUUCCUUCCCAACCAUCAUGUCUUCUCCCUGCCGUGUGUGUGUGUGUGUGUGUGUGUGUGUGUGUGUGUGUGUGUGUGUGUGUGUGUGUGUGUGUGUGUGUGUGUGUGUGUGUGUGUGUGUGUGUGUGUGUGUGUGUGUGUGUGUGUGAAUGCUUAACAUGCUAUUAUAAAACGCUUCAGAACCUCAUCACAAAUACAAUCUGUUUAAAAAAAUAUAUUAAUUUUGUCUUUGUAAGUUGUAUAUGAAUUCACUUCACAGUGUCGAAAGAUUGUUUUUAAAUGGGUGUAUUUUGGAAUAGUGUACAUUGAAAGUUUUAACACUUUAAAUGUCUUUUUUUAACUGUAAGAGACAUUUGAUUUGUAUAGCAUAUAGCUCUAAUUGAUUACUAAAGAUGUGGAGUGUUUACCUUACUGUCUGUUCACAGCCCGGGGUGCUCCCCCAAGCAACAGAAUCACCCAUUGGAAGGAUACAAUUUUUUUGCGACUAUUUAUAUUUCCUACAUACUGUAUUCAAGCCUGACACAAUUCAGGCAAUGCAAUUUUACUAUUGUUUGUACCUUUGCAGAAAAAUUUAAAUAAAGAAAAUGAGUUAAAGAA